CUACAAAUACGAGAAGACAAGCAGCGGCCACAUAUCAUUACGCGGCCAUUACGCAUUAAUUAGCCAAAACAAUCCACGCCGGUAUCAACUUUUACGCACAGCCAUAGCGCACAGAAGCUCGCAGUUUCAACUAGGAUCAGCUUAACUCUUGGACGAAAGCAGGAAAAGUAGACGACAAAGACACACCACCCCCAGCUGUCGAGGGGGAUCAGGUGCCAUAGAGGCUUUCAAAACAAAUAGGGAGAUCCGCUUUGCUUCAGACAAAAGCAUUCGCUCUCAAAGCCUUCCACAAAUCCACAUCAUCGCCCAUAAAAGAACCACAAAGGCCAAUUCUCUUCUCCGCUUGUGACCGCAGACAGAGGCAGGAUGCUGGCUAAGAUCCUGGAGGACAUGUGGGUGGACCCGGACGUCCUGGAGGCCCUGAGCGAGGAGCAGAAGAGGGUGCUGUUUGUGAAGAUGAGAGAGGAGCAGGUGCGGAGGUGGAGAGUGAGAGAGGAGGAAGAGCAGAGGAAUGGACUGGACUACUGCAACAGAGCCAACAAGACAGUGAAGUCCAAACAGGUGAACUGGCUCCUGGGGCGAGACGGAGACGUGAGUGUGAUCGUGAUCGGAGAGACGGAUGAGUUCAGAGGCUGCAAACUGCUGCAAAACAUGAAUAACAGGCUGCCGGGUGAUAAUCUGAAUGGCAUCCAGACACAGGGUCCAGGAAACGAGGCCGCAGACCCGGGCUUCAAACAGGAGGAGCACACGCACGUUGCAGAUGACGCCCCCUCCUCCCCUCUGGCAUCCUCAGAGGAGGACAUGGACAUGAAGGAUACAGACAGCAGUGACAGUGACUCAGGCAGUGGAUCAGAUGCCCUCAUAGACUGGGCUCCUCCCCUUUACAGACCCCACUCACGGCUCCUCCCCCAUGGGACCACGCACAGAGAGGAGGGGACCCGGGGCAAAGAUAGAGAGGUUUUAUCCAAUGAGAAGCCUCCUUCUUGCAGAGGUCGUGUGGCUGAGCUCCGAAAGGCGUUUGCAUCUGAAAACUCCACCCCCUCGCCCGGCUCCAAACCUCCUAUCCCGACAAAACCACUGCACCUGCAACGACAGACUGCAGCAUGCAUACACUGAACUACACCAGGGACCAUCGAAUACACACUUGCAAAUACAGAGACCCCCAAGUACAGAGAUGCCCCACUACAGUGAACCUCCAAGUACAGUGCAUCCCCAAAUACCUGGUUUAGAUCAGAGGAUCAGAAUAGUGCUGCUUUUGAUCUGGUCCAGUGAACUCCACCAGAGACCCCCAAAUGCAGAUCCGUCAAGUACAGAGACCCCCACACAAAGAGACCUCAAGUACAGAGACCCCCACAUAGAGAGACCUCAAGUACAGAAACCCCCAAAUACAGAGACCUCAAGUACAGAGGCCCUCAAAUACAGAGACCUCAAGUACAGAAGUCUAGAGCACAUCAUACUUUGUUUAGUCCUGGAUCAGGUCCUAGGUUUAGGCCGGGAAAAAUGUAGACUUUGUGUGGUCCUGUUCUAGUCCUGUUUUUUCCUGGUCUAGUCCUGUCUAGAUUUAGUUUCAGGUUUAGUCCCAAUUUUGAUGUGGUGAUUGUGCUAAUGAGAAUGCACCCUAAUCGUGGAGCAGACUAGACCUGGUUUAGUUCUGGUUUGAGUCCUGGUUCAGAAUGUAUUCAAACUGGUCAAAUUUGUUUAUUCUAAACAAUUUGAACUUAACACUUGAACUACAGUCACUUUUUAUAGAGGGUGAAGGAGGCACUUGAGCUGGAAAAAAAACUUGAAAUAUUUUGGACUGAAUUUGAGGUGAAAGAUAAAACGUAGAGACUUUGAUGUUUUAGGAUCCAGAGGAGACGUGUCUCAGGAGAUUUCAACCUCUCAGGGUCUAAGCACAUGUGGGCAAGUCUGAAAAAUAUUACCUUUUCAAAUGCCCUCUGCAACAACCAGCAGGCGUAAUAACAGUGGACUAAGACUAUCUCUCUCUAUAUAUAGUACAUUUAUUUAUGUACAAUACCUAGUUUAUUACAAUAUAUUUUUUAUGCUAUUUUGAGUCAGCUGGUCUUUAUACUACAACUGUGUUUACAAGCACAAAUCUGGCUAUUAUCUGAUAUCUGGAAUUAUUGGAUGAUUCAAAUAUCCUGUUACAGUUACAUCAGAUGUGAGUAAUCUGAUUUUUUUUCUGAUUGUCACACCUGUGCAGAGUCUGAAAAGCAAAAUUAUGCAAAAAUGGGCAAACUAAUGUGGAAAAUACAAAAUGAAAGAGAAUAUAUAUAGAUUGAUAUUAUAGAUUGGACAGUUAUUUUAAAAUUUUCAUAAUUCAUAGUACUUUGCCUUCCAAGGUAUUAAAAAAAAAAAUCCAUCGAUUAAUUGACAGAAGGUAUUUUUGAUGAUCAGAUUUCAUGUCUUUAUCCUAGCAGUACAUUUAGCACAUGAAAACACUAAAAAUCAGAUCUAAUUAUUGGGUUACCUGAUUAUUCUAGUAGAUUCAAAUGCCCUCAGUACAAACAUGAUAACAUUGGACUAUAGACUCAAAUACCUUUUUAAAAUAUUUUCCUUUUUUUUUUAAAUAUUCAUUGCAAUACAUUUUCACACACAAGGCACUUUAAUUUAGUCUCACUUGAUCAGCUUAUUUUGAUGGUGCCUUGCCCAAGAGCACAAUGGCAGUGUGCAAAGGAACGUGGCAGGAUCAAACCCACAACCUUGUAGAAUUAAGUGGCAUCUUUCAGUUUUGUACUUUUUGGGUUGUGGUCAUUAGUUCAAAUGACCAUAGCACACAAUUACAUCUGAUACAUAAGAAAUUAAACAUGUAAAUUAAUGAAUUUGGGUCAAAUAUAUAGAGAGCUAUAGAAAGAGAAUGUGGUGGAGAUUUGGUGGCCUCUAGUGGUAAGAAAGUAGAUUGUACCUUCUCACAAAGCAUGACACACU